AUCGGACCGAAAGAGACGAGGAGUUUCGGUAGUGUCGUCGGCCCCGCGCACCGUAGGUACAUCCGUUUUGGUAGACGACGAGCCGCCACCGCGCCGGGACACAGUCACGGAACGGCGGCCGAGCAGAAAACGCCAGAAACGAUCACGACGACAUCUGCCGGGCGGUCCGGAGAUAAGUACGUACGCGGGCAAGUGGAUAAGUAUACAAAAUCUUCGAUUAAUAAUACUAUUUCAAUAUACCUAUUUUAUUUAAAUAAUACUAGUAUAUAAGUCAUUAUCGUAGUUAGAAUUUUUUUUUUGUGAGGGGACACUUAAUUUUUUAAUAUAAUUCUUGUUAAGCUAGAAUACUUAUCAACUGUUAUUUUAUGACUUCCUUAUUCCCUUAUCAUUUUUUUAUUUAUACCCCCCCCCCUCCAUUCCAUAUAGUUUUACAACGUAAAAUUAAAACAAAGUUUUUAGCUUUGUAAGAGAAUAUAUGAAUCACUAAUUGCAGUAAAGGGACAUGUCCCUAAAACUAAAAAACUGGCACAAACUGUCUAGGCAAGACUGAAAAGGAGCUAGGCGUAAAAAUGAAUAAACUACAUCAUUAUCCUUUUUCUUUAAAAUUAAUCAUCUCAAUAAUUUCUAAAAAUUAACAUAAACGCAGUAAGCGCAUUAAUGGCAACCAACAUUGUUGGACACGUCCCUUUUUAGAAAAUAACCUUUUUAAAUGCAUUUAAAAUAUAGAAAGAUUAAAACAUGUUUUUUUUUUGUUUGCAACGAAAAAUCUUUUAUUCUUUUAAGCAAUUUGGAAACAUAAUAUUAUUUUACUAUUUAUUUAAGUUUAUUAUUUAAGCUGCUAGCAAAAUGGUCACUCAUAAAUUUUUCCCAAUAUCUAGAAACAGAAAAUUUUGGAAUGUAGGUCUUCAGGCGUUUUAAAUCAUUAAUUUUUAAAUUCAUUAUGGCAAUCGUUUCGGUGUACACUGUACAGCUGCUUCUUAGGUAUAAAACAAUAUAUUUUAUAAUACUUAAAAUAGUAAUUAUAAUUAAUGAUAAUUAAAUUUAUAAUUAUGUAUUAUUAUUAAUAAUAAUAAAUAAUACAUUUUAUUAAUAUAACGAAUUUAUGUAACUGCAUUACAGCAAUACGGAAAAAAAAAGAUUUCGGGGGGGGGGGAGGACGAUCCCUCAGUUCCUUCCCUGUCUACGACGUUGAUAUGCGUAUAUGGGUUGUUAAUAAUAUUCACGUAAGCGUGCAUUACUUCUAUUAUAAAAAUCGUCUACUCCUUUAUUUUUGUCCCAACUAUUCGGGAUAUCAGCCACCCUCGUCCCAAACUUCCACUUGACACGAUUCCCCACAUAUAUCAGCCGUCCUUCUAUCAUUCUCAAUUGCAUCUAACCAUCUCCUUUUCGGUUUUCCUCUUCCGCUUUUUCUUUCCUAUGUUUAUUUUUAUUACGAUUCUUACUGUUUCUGAUUUUUCUCUCCUCAUGACAUGAGCCUGGAGGAGAUAUCUAAUAUAACCUAACCCAAACCAGCUCAGUAUAUUUUAUCUAAUUUUGUCUACUAUUGAACCUCAUCCAUCUUUAGCUAUGUCAAUUCCUCUCAACUGUUCACCCUAUGCAUAAAUUAAAUUCUACUAUUAUUUAAAACGAUGUUUCUACAGACUUUAUGUAUAGAGGCGUAACUGCGGCGGCCUAUCCCUCCAGUCUCCCAAAAAGGGUACCUGACUUUUUUUAUUAAAUUAUUAAUUAUUUAAUCGUAUUUUUAUCAUCAUUUUUUAGUAAUGCAAUUUUAAAUAAUAAUAAUAACAAUGCACAGUACACACUGUAAUUAUAUUUAUAUAUUACAUACUAUAUAAUUAUUGAAAACUAUAAUACGUACAUACGUUUUAAAAACUCCAGUAACAAUUUUUUUCCCCUAAAACUAAUGACUCGAAAACCUUAACAAAUCUAAACCUCGAUAAGUCGAAAAAUAUUAUUUCGACUUAUCAAGGUUCCACUAUAUGUGUAAACAAGUAAAGGUUAGUUAAUUCAGAUAGUUAUUUGAGAUUUAAUUGAAUGUAUAUUUAAAUCUAUAAAGCAGAUAUGAGUAUUAAUUUUAGUUUUUACAUAGACGUCUGUACCAAUUCAACGCACUAGAAUCGUUAUGCGUACAUAUUUUACAACCCACAGUUAAUAAUUAAAAAUUGAUAUACAUGAAACAAAAAUUAUUGAUGAAAAUUUAUUACUCUCACCGCAAUCAGCGAUACUAAAUGGGUGUGCAAUUUUAAAAACUGUGAGGCUGUUGUUGACAAUUUUUAAUCAAUAGCACUUGUCUUACGUGAAAGAGUGGAUGCAAGGUUGAUAAUGCCAGAGACAGACGUUUCUCGUUCAUUAAGAUAAAACAGCUGGGGCUCUAGCCCCCCUCCCUAGUUCAGAAACAUACGCAAAGAGUACAUAAAAAUGUACUGUGUUUCAGUAUGGCCGUUUUAUUUAUUUCAGACAAUUAAUAAUUAACUAAUGUGUGUUACUUAGUACGCCGUACGCCUAGUAAUAAUAAUGUUAAAACUAUAACUAACUAUAGGUACCGUUUACGGCCAAAAUAAUACAAGAACGAAGACAUUUCUUUUAGAUAUUAAGUAAGUACCUAUUUCUUUUCGCGUAUUCGGCCCAAGAAAAUUCGGCAUUUUCCAACAAGACCUGGGUGUAUAGGUACCUAAAGUUUAGGUAUCACACUUAUAAGUAAUUAUGUAAUAUUAUAUAGUGUGUACCAAAUAAUUAAUAUCAUAUUCAAUAUCUAUUGCGAUUUUUGAAAUGCAAGAUGAGUAUUUCCCCAAAAAAACGUACAAAUCAUUAUUCUCCUGUGAACUGACAAAAUGACUUGUAAAAAACUCAGUGAAUUCGGCCCAGUGAUGACCUCCGGCGGAUAGAAAUGGAACUCGUAUUCCGGAGGGCUGUAGAAGUCGGGAAAGUAUAAUAAUGAAACGUAAAUUCACGAAACGCAAAAAUCCUGAUUGUAAAAAAGGGGAAAUUUGGUAAAAACCAAUGGUUCCCAAUAUGACGCGUUGACAAUAUUGAUGUGGCCAUUUUUACUCGAUUGUCUCGCGAGCUCAUCAUAUCAGAAUUUCAGUCGAAACCACCCACCUCGAUUUUUUUCUUUCUAUAAGAAACCCCGUCGGGUAGGUCCCGAAGGAGAAAAACGCAAUUUGUGAAAACGUCUACUUUACGGGCGUAACAAGAAUAUUUUAGAAACCAAUGACGAGUGUUUGGCAUUCGCCGGGAUUAUUACGUUCGGCGAUUUUACAUUCCAAAGAAGUAUUUCGUCCGGAAUACGGUUCCAGCCCAGAACAAUUUCCCGGUUCGUACGCGCUCCCCUUAUUCUUCCCCGUCUAAUUAUGUGCGGUGCGGACAACGACAACAGCACAAAACGAAAACCAUCGGCCGAAUAAAAACGUUCCUUUCCAACAAAAUAUUGUAGUGUACACACGCGCAACAGCUCUCGCGACUCGCACACGCACGCGCGCGCGCCAACAGUAUAUACACGGUGGGUACCGGGCGAUACAAUGAUAUUAUUAUCAUCGUACUUUGGUACAUAUAAUCAAUUAUUAUUGGUACAUUUUUUCGUGGUACCUACGUUUUUUUAAUAAUAAUAAUAAUAUUUCGCGCGUGGAAUAAUAAUACACGAAUAAUAAUAACAUCGUGGUAAUAUUACACGUUCGUCUCCCGCAUACUGAAACGCGGUGAGCAUAAUCGAUUCCGUUGGCCUCGUUUAGGCGUCAACACACUGUCCGCCGCCGCCGUGUGCCGUCUCUCGUGUGUGUGUGUGUGUGUGUGUAUGUGCACACUGCACUGUGCAGCGUACGCGGGUGCCAGUGGACAGUGUGGUGGCAGAGUACGCGCACCAUAGUAAUCGCUGUACCCAGCAUUCACAGACACCACCGGCGUCUACGGUAAAGCGACGCGCGACGGCCGACGGCAACAAAACAACACUAAUAAUACAAUUGCGUUCGGAGUCGUACGCCGUCGCCGUUGUGCACAGACCGUGCCGACAACAGCCACCGCCGGCGAGCAAGACGAAUACGUAAAAAUAAUAAAAGUGAAUGCCUAUAAAAAAACCAGGUAACUCCGCCGUCGUACUAGUUUUGCCUUUUUAUUAUUUGUUUUCCUUUGCAAUAAUUAAUCAUAUUUAUAUCGAGCGCCGCACUUUUGUGUGUGUUUUUUUUUUGCCAUUUAAUUCUUAAGGUUUUUUUUUUAAACUGAUAAAACGUUUAGGCUCCGUGGAUCUUCGGUGUACCUAUCCGUCUGUCCGGAGUUCCGGUCCGUUGUUGCCGUGGUACUACAUUACCUGCCUAUUUAGUUCCGAGUUCUGACAGACAGUUAUCAAUACAGUUACCCUAGCCAAUAAAAAUACCAAAAAUUUGAUAUAAAUUUGUUUUUCAUGUUCAUGCCACUUAUGGGAAGUUUAUUGUUAAAAAUUUAAAUCAAUCAGUUUUUUCCAGUCGAAUCCACUACUGCCGUGUUGCUGUCUCGUUUUAUGGGAACCUGUCAACGGUUUGAUAAUAAUAUCUAAUAUUAUUAUGGCCCGAGAACCAGUGCUCGUUCACGUCUACGACAUGGUAAGUUUACUGUCUGUGUUUCUAUUCUAUGAGUAGGCACCUAAUUGAUUGGGUUAAAUGUGCGGUGGAUGUUAUGUGUUUAACGAAUACAUAGGUGUACGAUAAACAGUGACAAUACCUAGGUACCAUUAGCGUAGGUAGGAAAAUUUAAUAAAAAAUAACAAUAGCUUAGUAUAUUUGGAAAUCGAAUUGUAUUUGGAAAUUUAAUUCAUUUAAUUCAUUACACUUGUACUGUUUUAAUUGGGUAUAACAAUAAUUGCGCAGAUGGUGGCCCAACUAAAUACUUAGGUGUAUCUAGGUACAAUUUCAAAUGCCCGAUUUAACGUUUUUCCCCAGGUGUGCUAAGUAAAUAGGUAAUUGUGUAUCGGUUAAUAUUGUGUUAGCGUGUAUUUAAACCCCUAAUAAAUAUAUGUCUGAAUUUGACAAAAAAUUUUGUUACCAAUACAUAUUUUUUAACUGUAGUAUACAGUUAACACUACAAAGUAUUAAGUAGGUAACUGUUACAAUUAAUUCACUGUAAUUUACCCAAAAUAUAUCUGUAUAGUUGUAUGGAUGCCAGUUUAAUUUGGAAAUUAUAAAUUCAUUAAAAAUUGAAUUUAUUAAUCAAAUUUAGGGAUAUCCCAAAAAAUUAAAAAAAAAAAAAAUUCAAAGAGAACUUCAUCCAUUAUUACAUUUUAGUAGACAUGACCAACAAUAUUUUAUUAAAUGUUAAAAUUAUUUAUUAAUCGACAUUUUUAAAAAGUAGCUAGGUUUCUUUAAAAUAAUUUUCUUAUUAUUUGCAAAUGUUUACCAAUUAUUUCAAAUAUUUCAAAGAUCAUUAGAAAUAAAAUAUAUGUAAGUAUAAUAAUUACUAAUCAUUUUGCUGUUUAUCUUUUAUAAUAUUAUAUUAUUUUUUAAGAUGAAUGUUGUAUUGUAAUAACUGAAAAAAAAUUCUUCCUUCUUUAAAUAAAUGUGAGUUGAUUAAAUUUGUUUUAUCAUUAAAACAUUAUUAUUGUUAUCAUUACUAUUAUUAUCAUUGAUUUUAAUAGUCGUAAGUUUUAGUUAACAUUCAUAUUUACAUUUUAGGUAAUAUAUAUCGCCAGUUUUUAAUCUGAUGGCUAAUGUGAUAUCAUUAAGAAUGGAUACAGUUGGAUGGGACAUUUCGGUACUACCCAUUUAGUGAAAAAGUUUCUUCAUUUGUAGAUGAAUAAUCUGCAAUUCAGUUAGUAAUCAGAUUACUAAUCAUAACAUACUUAAGGAAUACUGAUUUCUAACCAAUUAGCCAUCAAAUUAAUUCUGGAGCUGGUAGUAUAUUUUAAUUUUAUACUGUAAGAUCUGAAAAUAUUGUGUUCGUAUUUUAUUUGUGAUGUGAUUUAUUACUGAAUAACUUGGUAAACUACUAAAAAAUAUAUUUUUUAUGAUAUUAUAUUAGGAAUCAUCUCCUAUGGCAAUCUUAAACAUUUGAUUCUUUUAAUAUUUCAUUUUUUCUGUUUAUGGCUAUUGAAAAAAAAAUCAAAACUAAACCAUAAAUACAUUAUAAGUUUACCAAACUUAGUUUGAAUUUCAGUCUUAAAAACAUUAUGGAAUGACACAUUUUUAUUAGUAUUUUAAAAUUGCAUUUUUCCAUCUGACCAUCUGUAUUGUUCAUUGUUUUUGUAUUAAUUGAUAUUGCCCAUUAAAUUAAUUAAUAUAGAUUACUACAACAAUAACCAUAUGGCUCAUCAAAUUACACUAUAAAAAUAAAAACAAAAUGUGUAGCUCAUAGAUUCAUAGCACGGAUACUGGUCAUGAGUAGCGACUUCACCUUAUAUAAUAUAAUUAGGGUUUAAAAAAUGCAUUAAAUGUAUACACAGUAAAUUUAAGGUGAAUUAUAAUCGAGAAGGCAUUCAUUUUAAUAAUGUAUGUGAAUGCAAAUUGAAUGUACUAUUGCAAUCAUUCCAAACACUAGUUUAUUGUUUAAAUGUAUGUUUAUUUAUAGAUAUAUAGUAUAUUUUUAUGUUAAAUAAUACAAUUUAAUUUAGGUAGUAUGUAGGUAAUAUUAAUUUCCUAAUACAUUUUUUUUUUAUUAAUGUGGUUGUCAAUGUAUAUAUAUAUAUAUUUUUUUUUGAUUGAGAAUGCCUUUUCUUUGAAUAAAAUAAAUUUGAAUGUAAUUGCAUUCAAUUUUAGAUUUAAUGAAUAUGAAUACAAAUGUAUUCGGGUUUUAAAUUAAUGUUCAAAACCCUGAAUUUAAUUAGGUAUGUAAUUCAUUCAUUAGCAAUAUUCUAAUGCACAAUAAUUUAUGCAAUUUUAAGUUUACAAUUUAUCAUCAACACUUACAUUAAUGUUAUAUAUCAUACAAUUUAAAAUGAUUUAAAAAUAUUAAUUGGCUUCGCUUUAUUCAUGAAUAAAGCAAAACCAUUAUUAGGUUUGUUUAGAUUUUAUAGAGAUUAAACCACACAUAUAAAUAUAUGUAAUUGAGAGAUGAGGUUAAAUAAUAAAUUAUUGAAACAGUCAGUCAACUAGCUACCAAACAUUACUCGAGAUUCCAUUCUAAAUUAGUAACACACCCAAACCCUUUAAUUAAUUUCUUCGCUCUCAUGUAAAACUCUCUCUGAAAAUCCAGUGCUCCACUUUAAACUCAAUUGGUGUAUAAACCUUUUAUGCUAAUAUGUUAUAAAGUAUGUUAGGUUCUAUCAUUGGAAAGCUUCCCUUUUCAUGUCGUCAAAUAAAAAUUAAUUUGUUCCUUCCUCACAUUUACUUAUUGUGCAAAUUAUGUAUAGAUUAUAAAUUUUUCAAUUAUAUAAUGAAAGAUUAUCAUAUUUUAACUCAACACAAUAAUUACUUAUAUCUUCACAAAAACAUCUAAAAUCAUUAUCAAUAAUGAAGUCAAAUUUUUUAUAUAAACUUGGUCAGUUUCUUCAAUCACUAAUGUUGAGUUGGCACAAUUCUAGGGUAGUAUGCUUCUCACCAAAAACAGAUUUUCUCUAUUCACUCAAAAAUAAACACACUAUUCUCAACUACUAUUUCAUGUUCAACAUUUUGGGAGCCAUUUAUCAAAAUUAUUUAUGUUUGAUAUUGGAUUAUUCAUUUAUUAUUACUUCAUAAGUAUUUUUCACUGUUUGUACAAAAUAUUUUACUUAAGUCUUUAGUUUAAUUAAGAGAAUACCACAAUGAAUAAACCAAAAAUAUAAUGUUAUAAUAUAAUACAAAUUUAAAUUAUCAAUUAAUUUUGUUUUAAACAUAAUUAAACAAGAAUUUUAGGAGGUAAUUGAUAUAAUGGGUGUACAUAAUGAAUUAUGUACACUAUAAGUGCACAAUAGUGCAUUUUCAAAAAAUUGUCUUAAGUUGAGCAGUAUAAUUUGUAUUUUCUUAAAUGACUUCAUAUCAAAUCCCUCAUAUUUUUUUAUAGAUUCCAAUAGAUCUAUUUUUUUUUCCAAAAAAUGUAUAUAACACAUUAAACUCAACAUUUGACAUUAUUUAUAAUUUAAACAUUUUAUAUUUUUCAUAAAGUUUUAUUCAUUCUUGAUUGGUGGUUACUAAGCCAUUGGUACCAAAAUAUUUAAUUUGGCAACAAGACUUCCAACUAUUUUAUAUUGAUAUUUAUUUGUGUAUUUUUUUUUACAAAAUAUUGAUAUGUCAGAAUAAAAUUGGAAAAUGUACAGUUGUAAAAAGGUAGUUUUGUGUAUAUUGUAUAAAUGUACUAAAGAAGUAUUAAAAAUGUAUAUGAGCGAUUAUAUACAUUUUAUGAAAUGAUAAGAAAAUGCAGGGAAAUAUACAAGAAAAACCUACAUAGAAAAUGUAUUGUAUUAAUUUGUAAGUAUAGAGAAGUAUUAGAAGUCAGAAAUCUAGUGUACAAAAAUUUGACUUUUGCCUUCUGAUUUACCUCCAUGAUGUUAUUAAGACUGAUGUUUUAGAGAGAAAUAUACUAUCAACAGAAGAUAAUACUUUUAAAUCUGUGUUAUUAUUUCAAAACCUAUAACUAAUAGGUAUUAAAUAAUAUUUUGUAGAACAGUGUUUACAAACAUUUUAAAUAUUUUAUAUUAAUCAGUAAUUAUUUUAUUUUUAAGUAUUGGAUCAAUGAGUACACAACACAUAUGGGACUUGGCGUUUAUCAUUCCGGAGUUGAAGUGUAUGGACAAGGUAACAAAUAUUAUUUUAGCAAUCAGUAUUUUAAAAAAUUGUCUAUAUAUACUUGAAUAAAUAGUAACUAUUAACAAAUAUUUUACAUUUUUCCUAUACUUAGUAAAAAUUAUAAAACCAUACCCAUUUACAAUGUAUUUAAUAAACUAUUAUUCUUAAUAUUUAAAGUAAAACAAUUCUAACAUUUUUCAUGCAAAUUUUGAUUACAAUAUAUCAAUAUUUUUAGAAAAAUUACUUGAUUCACAAUUUGUAUUAAAAAAUGUAGGUUUUCAUUUAAAAAACCAAAUUUGGUAUCUCUACAGAUACUCUUUAAAUGUUGUAAUUAUAAAUUUUAUGUUUUCAAAAAUAUUGUCCUUAAUUAUACUUAAAAGUUCCAACAAUCAGAAUUUGACUGUAUGCAUAACUUAACCAUAAAAUUGAUAUGUUGCAUGUUUAAAAUACCUUAAAGUACCUAUCUUGUUAUUGAUAAAAAACUUUUUUUAUUUUAGAAUAUGGAUAUGGAGGCCAUGAUAGACCUGAUUCUGGAAUUUUUGAUAUGAUGCCAAAAGAUGUUUAUGAACUAGGAAAUCACUAUAGAUACAGGUACAAAAAUAGAUUUAUUUAACAUUUUUGUUGUGCAAUAAUUUAUUUUUUGUUCAUUCAAAAGUAUACAUUAAAACUUGUUUUAGAUAUUAUUUAUGCUAAACUCUUCUACAAAACUUAAAUUAUAUUAAUAAUACUUAAAAUAUGAAAUAUUUGCUAUCUAAUUUUCAAAGUUUUUUAUAUCAUCUAUACCCUGUGAAUCUAUUACCUGAAAAUGGUUGAACCACAUGUAUAUGCAAUGUAAAUAUUAUCUAUUAUCUGCUGUUCGAGUAUUUUAAUAUGUUCCUUAAUUUGCUCUUAAAUUGUAUCAAAUAAAUAAAUAGAUAACAUAUUUUUUGGAAAUAAAUAAAAAUACAACCACAAUAUUAUAUUCUUUAAUGUCUCAAAAACUCAAAAAUACUUAAAAUUUUAAAACUGUUGAAUAAAUAAUACAAUUUUAUAGGUAUUUAUUGAUUGGAAAAAAAAAUAAUAUAAUAAAAUAUUAUAUAUAUUAGGUAUACAUUACCAUACUGUCCAAAUAAAUUAGCACAUACAAUAAUUAUUUUGUGACUUGAAUUUGAUUAAAAAAAAAUAAUAAUAAAACAAUGAAUUAUAAAGUGCAAUUUAUAAUAUAUAAAUAAAAAAAUAGCAAUUAAAAUAUAAUUAAUUAUUAAACAAUUAAAUAAACAUACUCUACUAUUUUACUUUUCAUUCAAUUAAAAAAUAUGUUCACAUUUUCAAGUUCAGUUUAGUUUUAAAAUACUUCUAUUAAGCUCAAACCUGAUUGAAUAAUAAAAUAUUUAAUUUGUGAACUUAUCUGCUUUGAUCUACUUUUGUAUUUAUUUAACUUAUAAUUUUGGAGUUAAAUAUUUUGUGUUAAGGAUACUUAUUUAUUUCUGGUUUUUUAAUAUUAAAUUCAUCAAAAAUAUACAAUUAUUAAGUUAAUUCUGUGAAUUGCAGAUAAUAUCUAUUAUUAAAAAAAAAAACUAUUGUCAUUAACUUCAAGUUGUAAUACAAAUUUAACGAAUUCAAAAUAAAAAUGAAUAUUUAAUAUCAUAAAGAAUUUCAUAAAUUUAAAUUGCUGUAUAAAAUAUUAAUACUGUUUUUUUUUUAAAAUUUAGAGAAUCUAUAUAUAUUGGAAACACUGACUUCACUGUGAGUGAUGUGAAAAGAAUAUUGACAGAACUCGGUAAAGAUUUUCAAGGAGAUCGAUAUCAUUUGAUGAAUAAAAAUUGUAACCAUUUUUCUGGAUCAUUGACAAAAGUAAAUUCUUAAAAUAUUUAACUUGUCUCUUACUAGUGACACCUUAUAUUAUUCUAAUCACUAUGUAUAAUAGCAUCUAACAUAUUGAAACAGUAGUAUGUAUGUAUGUAUUUAUGUAUAUAUGCAAGUGGUAGACAUACAAUUGUCACUUAGUCAUUGGUAGUAUUGUUUUCUAAUGUGUGUGUAUGAGGAUGAGUCAUUAUGAAGGAAGUAAUUAUGUCAUAUAAUAUUAUAUUUAAUUAGAGGGCUGCCAUUAAGUUAUUAAAAUUUUUCUUUUGCACUAAAAGCUUCUAUAGUAGAACCUUAAUUAUGGGAAUUAAUUGGGACUACACCGAGUUUGGAUAAUAGAAAUUUAAAAAAAGAUAUUCUUUGUAUUUUGUAUAAUGAAUGCAGAAUUAUUAUUACAUAUUAUUGACCUAUUAUACUUAUUAUUACACAUAAUUAUUAUGUUAUUACUUAUUAUGAAUAUAAAAAUAUUAUUAAAUGUUAUAGAUUUUAUAAUGUAUGUAUAAUUUUUUUUUUUGACAAACUGAUCAAUUUUCAUUUGAUGAAUCACUGAUAUGCGCUUUUGAGCAUUUAAAUCUCACAUACAUGAAUUGAUAGAUGGUUUUUAUAAUAGAGGUUAGAAUAAUCAAGGUUCUACUGUAUGUAUAUGUUACUUUAAAAAAAUUAUUAUUAUUAAUUUUCUUAAAAUUCACAUUUUUGUAUAACUAAAUAUAUGUAUAUCUGUAUUAUAGAGAUAAUGUUACCCCCUUUGCAUAUAUUAUUAUUUUUUUUUUAUCAUUAUCAUGAUCAUUAGAUAAAAAAAAAAAGAAACAUCAUUGAUAGUAUUUUUUCCAAAAGAAAAUCUACUAGAGUGUUUUCAUAAUAAAUCGGAAAAAAACAUGAGAAAUCUGGAAAAUUGUAGAAAUAUAGGUAUAAUAUUAAAUAGAUAUUAUUAAAGAAAAUAUAUAAUGCAUAUUAUGUUAUUAUGCAAUUAUUUUACCAUAAUAUGAGGUAUAUAUAUUGUUGACAAAGCGACAUUAUUAACUGAACUCCAUUCAGAAUCGCUUUUCAUUUACAGAUAUACAUUUAAUUUUCCCUCUACUACCUUUCCAACUUACAGCAGUGGCCCCACCCACAUAGGAAGUAUAUCUGACAUUUUAUUAACUAUGCAUAUAUGUAUAUAAAGAUAUUCUUUAAGAUGAUCCUGAAUUCUGAUACAAUCCAGUUUGAAGUUUACACUCUGUAUACUUUUUAAGACAUUAUAGUCUAACAUUAUAACUUUUUAUUUGAUAAUGUCGAUAAUAAAUUAUUACUUAUAAUAUUUAAUAUUAUAAACAAUAUUAUAAAAUUAUAGUACUGUUUCAUAAAAUAAGUAAUAUUAUUUAUUUAAUUUAUUUUUAUUUAGAUAUUAUGUGGGCAAGAUAUACCAAGUUGGAUAAAUAGGUUGGCUUAUGUCAGCUCGUGUAUUCCUUUUUUCCAACGUUGUCUGCCAAAGGAAUGGUUAACUCCGAUCUCUCUUCAGCGAAGUUUAUCUCGAAGAAAAUCUGACGCUUCCACUGAGCAACUCAACCCAUAACAUCUUUUUUUUUGCAUUAUAAUACUUAUAUUAUUAUAAAUAAUGUGAUGUGUGCCAUUCAUUAUAAUGUAUAUUACAAUAUUCAACAAUUAAUUUAAAAUAUGUAUAUGUACAUGCUAUUGAUACUAUAUACUGUGUAAAAAUAAAUAGUAAUAAAAUACUAUUAUUGUAGAUUCAAAUCAAAUGCUUUGAAUUUAUUGUAUUGGGUGUAACAGGAUUAUUUAAUAAAUAUUAAACUUUUUUUUUCUUGAAUA